ACACAUUGCAGCCUAGCUUACCAGGAAGAGGUUCAUGGGAGCUCAUUCAGUCCUUUCGUGACAAACUCCAGUUUGUCGGUCCAGCCAGCACUUCUAUGCAGAAUCUCACUCCACAGCACAGGUCGACUGGAAACAUCACGAUGGCGAUAAGACUCUGGAAAAUCAUGCUAGCCUUAUGCCAACGUGUCUGUGCCUAUUGCACAGACAUGAAGUUCAUAUCAAUUUUCACAUUCAACUCUAAAAACAAAGCAAAAUAAUCAAUUUCCUGAAAUAUUUUAUUUGUUUGACUCUGAUGAGAAUCAGGAGUAGAUGUAGGAAUAAAGCGUCUUAAUUUCUUUCACUCUACUACCAGAAAUAUUGAUAAAGAAUGCUGAUAACACAGACCCUCAUUCUUCACCAUGCUGAUGACAACUUGUCUGUUAAUGUAUAGUUCAAUCAUAGCAUCAUUAGUCCUUUGCAUAGAAACCCUCGAUAACCCUUCAGCUCUUGCCAUGAAGAGAUGUCAAACAAAGAUGUCUCAGAUUCACAACGCUUUAUUGUUGCAAUUAGGAACUCAACACUGUGUGUGAGGGGGGGGGGUAGGGGGAUUGUACUUGUACCACUCUUCACACCUUCAUAUACGCACACAGUCGAAUGGUUAAUGUGUCGCUGCUGCUUUGUUGUUGGCUAGAUCGGAGAUGUACAAACAGCAGAGGGGGUACUUCCAGGAUGUGGAGAGAGCCUGCCAGAUGAAAGGGAGCCAGUCCAGUCACAUCACAUGCAUGCUGAUGAACAGGGCCUUUGUCCACCUCAGUCAGAACAAUUACGGUGAAGCUCAUGCAUCCUUCACUGAAGUCUUAAAAAUUGACCCUAAAAACCCUGUGGCCAACAACAACGCGGCAGUGUGCCUGCUGUACCUGGGCCACUUGAAGGAGUCCCUGGGCCAGCUGGAGGGCCUGGUGCAGCAGGACCCGGCGCUCUACCUCCACGAGAGCGUCCUCUUCAACCUGACCACCAUGUACGAGCUGGAGUCGUCCCGCAGCACCCAGAAGAAGCAGGCUCUGCUGGAGGCCGUGGCCUGUCGAGAGGGCGACAGCUUCAACACACAGUGCCUCAAACUGGUCUAAAGAGGCAGGAGGUGGGACUGGGGGAGGACACACACCUACACACUACUGCUACUGUGAACCCCCGAGAAUAGAAUCCACCUACCGGCUCCUCGGAAACUCAUCAUAUCCCCAGUUCGAAGUUGCUUGUUUAAUCUGUACUGAAGCAAUUAGUGGAGCGUUGCAGUUUUAAAGGUGUUUGUGUUAGAGACUAUUACUUGACCAGGCCCAGUGAUCUCAAGAGACUCAGUGACGUCAAUGCAAGACAUGGGACGACUGAGGGACCGCUACGACCUGCAAGGUGAGACAUAUGACCAGCAGGGGUCGCAGUUAACAAGGCUAUCAUCACUACCGAAUCUGCUUGAGUGCUUAUGGCAAGGCUGUUCAAGCCAUUGUCAUUAUAUUAUCUUUGAGACCAUGCUGGUUGUGGGUUCGACAAUGUUUUAUACAUUUUAAUGUCACACUGGAUGUAUCACAGCAGGAAUUCACAUUUAAUUUAAAAAUGACUAUUUUUCGGACUUUCCACUACAUUCCACUUGUCCUUUUAAUAACCGGUUAUCAAUUAUGACGCUGUGAGCCGAGGUGGUCAUUCACUCACUUCACGACACAAACAUGACAGAAUUUGAGGAAAGAUUCUUGGGUAAUGGAACUGUCAUAGAGAAACGCUUUUAAGAAGUUGUUAAUCAGAAUUUAUGUCCCCAUGAUUAUUCUUGAUUAGAAUAUAUUUUCGUGCAGGGUGGUCUUGCUACUAGUCUUAAUGCGUCACUAACAAACCCCUUCAUAUAUUAAACCUCCUCACUGAUUUCACUCACAUCAGUACUGCUUGAUUUUGAUAGAAUUGAAAGAAUGAAGACGCAUGGCACGUUUAUUAACUAGCGUUGCCACAUUUACUCCCUUUGCUGUUGACUUUCACAUUUUGGACUCUGGUAUGAAGUCUUUCUUUAUUGCUUAUACUAAAAGUGGAUCGAUUAGCAAGGCUACGAAAAGCUGGCCAAUGACAUCCAUUGAUUGACUCCUACCUUACAGGUCAUUGGGCGUGGCGGCCCCUGAGAAGAAGUGGUUCGGGUACUUGACGUGGGCAUUAUCCUAAGCUUCAGUGUGCUUUAAGUUUAGCGUCCUCUGUUCAUCGGCACACACCUGUAAUACUGGACUAACUAACCACUCAGUUUGAGGUGCAUGUUUUUUUUUACCGGGUUUAUUGACAGUGAAGAUGGAACACGUCCUUCAGAUUUCAUUGUGCCCUGUUUUCUUUACUAAAUCAUCAGGUAAGAUAUUAGGAAUCCAAGAGUGUAAACGGAGAAGAGCGAUUUGUUUAAAUUAUUGUAUAAAAGUGUUGUCUUGUUAAAUCUUUUAUUGAUUUGUUCUGGUUGAUCUUUAAUUAUCAUUGUUUACAAUUUGUGUUUAUCAUAUUUAUGUAUAUUAAAAAAGGCAUUGUUACAUAUACAGAAAGCCCAUAUUCAUUUUGUGUGUGUGUGUUUUCAAAAGUCUUAUUAUAAAAGUGCUUGUUAUCUGAUCAA